CUUGACAGGCUAGUCCCACCAACCCGCACCGCCACAACAGCUGGGAGAGGAUUUCCGACCCAGUCACAGCGAAUAUGGUGGCAGCUACAGCAGGAGUGGAGAUAUUACGUUCACCCGGAUAAGAAGGAAAAGCUGCCGCGAAACUCCCGCAGUGGGUCAGUUUUUUAUUUAGCCCCCAACUCAGCAGAGAGCUAUAUCAGUGGAAAAGGGAGGCAACCAGCAGCGGACGGAAGGGGACGCACCGCGGCCAGAACGCACAGUGUUGUGUUUGUUAUCCAGACCUAAGGCAUUGGUUAAGACUAGGAUAUAGUACUAUUUGAGGGAAGUCUUUAUUGACAAUCCAACCGAGGAGCUAUCCAGAGGGUCUCCUUCAUUGCUCUGGGAAUGUUCUACUCUCUUUGCUCUGGGGGGAAAUGCAAGGGGAGGAAAUCCAGCCUCAGCUCCAAAUAACCAGAGACUCCUAACUGGGUCUCCUCUCCAAACGCAGGAAAUACGGCCUGGGAGAAAAAAAAGUUUGGGAGCUUUUGGAAGCAGAGGGGGCCUACCGCUGACGUUUUGCAUGCGUUUUACGACAUUGAUUUCAAGUAGCCUACUACGUUUUUCUUUAACAUUAAGCGCUUCCACAGACUAAGUGGAUAGGAGCUUUCAAAUGUUACACUCCUUCGGUGCGGUUAUUGCAAGAGUUUUGAUCGUCUCUAUUUAUAGACCAGCCUGUUCCGACCGAGGCUGUUCCUCAUAGCUGUAUAUUUUGCCAACUGCGCGCAACAAGUUGCAGACACUCCCAGCAGAGGCAAACCUACACUAAUUCGGGACAGCGGAUGGUAUUUUCUGCGCUUCUCUUUUCCGAUUACGCGUCUUUGAAUAGCGACCCCUACCCGACCCCCUCUUUGGAAAGCAGAGUGGAAUAAACUGUAUAGGGAUCCGGAGAGCUAGUUCAGGAAAGGACGGGGCUGGAUCUGUGGGAAUAGGCCUGCCUGUCAGGCCUCUUAUGAUCCGGACUUUGGACUGGACAGGACUCCAAAAUAACUCAGUCGGGACUAUUUUAAUGGGCCCUCUGGAAUACAUCUGAAAGGAGAAUGUCUAUGGAUAAGGAAUGCAAAUCCUUAGCACGCUGAGGCAUACAUGGGGAGGGUUGUAGUGGAAGAUCUGGACCUGAGCUCUGUUUCCACGCAGACAACGUUAUUUUGGAAUGAAGAAACAAUCUGGGCAUUUCUUCUGACGCUGUCUGACUUUGUAAUGUCAGCAGCAUCGACACAUUACGCACAUCGAGAGGAGGUCAUUUCCAGUCAUGUAACGUCAGGACCGACUUGAUGUAGGCAUACAAAAUCCGUUGCAUCACCAACCAGUCCUUUUCGAGAAGGAUGUUCAGUUCAGAAGGCAGAAAGAGUGAUGACAGUGUUUUUACCGCAGCUGGAGAGAAAGCCGGGCUCAAACCCAGAGCCUCUUUGGAGAAGGAUACGUGUAAUGUGAGUACUGACGCAAACCCGGGGCUGGAUAAUGAACUGCUCAAGAAACUGGAACGGCGCGUUUUGUGUGAGUGAGUGUGCAGGCUGCUGUUUGCGUAGCAAAGACGUCUGUGCUGUGAUCACCACUGUGAUUAUUCCACCAAACACCUUUGCUCUCUCCCUCCUGUCUGCCUGUCACUCUCUUCCUCCUCCGUGCCAUAUGUGCACUCACGCGUCUAAUUGCCUGAGGCCCAUCAUAAGAUAUUAUUAAUAUUUAAAACCUCUCCCGCGCCCAUCGUUUCCUCGCCACAGCAGUCAAUAUGGCCACUCUGCAACAUCACCGGCAGCUUCCCAGGCAUGGCACGGAAGUGAGCUGCGACUCUAGCGGGGAUGGCGCGGUGACCGUGCGGAUUUCCAAUAGCGCGCCACACGUGCAUCAACAUGGACCCCUGAAGGCUGCCAGCAGUGGAGCAGGGGGAGGAGGAGCUGGAGGACAUGGGGCUGUGAGUAAAAUGAACCCUAACUCCCACAAAUACAGUAUCUCCUCCAGCUGUAGCUCAGCAGACUCCAGACCAGCUGGGACUUCCACUGCCAGAGAGCAGAGGAAGGCCCCUCCUCUGUUCGAGCGCUCUGCAGCUCAGUGCUGGGACCCCAAAUUUGACUCCCCCAUCUUGGAAGACGCUUGCCAAGAGAGGUGCUUUCCUCAGACACAGCGGCGCUUUCGUUAUGUCCUGUUCUACCUGGCGGUGGCAGCUGUACUCUGGGGGAUCUACUUUGGGGUCAAUAGUGACCGCUGUCACCCCAUGACCUUCCUAGCCCCCACUGCCGCCUUUUUUGUUGUCCUAGUGAUCCUAUUUUUGUUCACACUAACCCAGCCCUACACAUGGCUGUACAACCAAACCUCCUUGUUCCUGAUCGCAGUCACCUUUGCCAUCACUUUAGCUCCACAGGUACAGACCGCCGGCUACACUGAGCUGGAUGGGGCUGGCAGGGGCAACUCCUCACAUCCCUCACCUGACAGAGCCCUUCCAACCCCUUGCAUCUCCCCCGUGGGCACCUUUUCCCUGUGCAUGGAGGUUUUGUUGUUGUUAUACAGCGUCCUCCAUGUGCGUCUGUAUGCCUCAGUGAUAUUGGGGCUCCUGUACUCUAUAUUAUUUGAGGCAUUAGAAUGGCUGCCAUUGCUUCAAAGGAGUUAUGACUCUACUGGAUGGGGGACAGUGUUAGAGGGUUCAGGUUCGGACACCCUCCGUUGGCUGGGCCCGGCCAAAGCUCUGCUCCACUUGUGUGCCCAUGUCAUUGGCAUCCACCUGUUCAUCAUGUCGGAGGUGCGUUCCCGCAGCACCUUCCUCAAAGUGGGCCAGGCUAUCAUGCAUGGCAAAGACUUAGAGGUGGAGAAGGCCUUGAAGGAGCGUAUGAUCCACUCUGUGAUGCCGCAGCAGGUUGCAGAUGAGUUGAUGAAGCAAGGCGAUGAUGAGGGUGGUGGCGAGAACUCUGGCAAGCGUUAUUCCUCGGGUGCCUGCUCCGCUUCAGCCGUCUCAGUGGGUGGUGGAGGAGGCGGUGGAGCUUCACAAGCCCAAAGUGCCACAAGCACAAAGAACUACGCUUACAACAAUCACAAACGCAAGAAGACCUCCAUCCCCCGGGGACAGAUCAUCUUCCGGCCGUUCAACAUGAAACGCAUGGAGCCUGUGAGCAUCCUCUUUGCGGACAUUGUGGGCUUCACUAGAAUGUCCGCCAAUAAGUCAGCACCAGCGUUGGUUGGCCUUCUCAACGAUCUGUUUGGACGUUUUGACCGGCUCUGUGAGCUCACCUGUUGUGAGAAGAUCAGCACACUGGGAGAUUGCUAUUACUGUGUCGCUGGCUGCCCUGAGCCCCGUCCAGAUCAUGCCAACUGCUGUGUGGAGAUGGGCUUGGGCAUGAUCCAAGCCAUCGAGCAGUUCUGCCAGGAGACAUGCGAGACGGUCAACAUGCGUGUCGGCGUCCAUACUGGCACCGUGCUGUGUGGGAUCCUGGGCAUGAAGCGCUUCAAGUUUGAUGUGUGGUCCAAUGAUGUCAACCUGGCCAACUUGAUGGAGCAGCUGGGCGUGGCGGGCAAGGUCCACCUGUCAGAAGCUACGGUUCGAUUCCUGGGUGACCAUUACCAGAGGGAGGAUGGACGGGUGGCGGAGAGAGCCGGGGAGAGUGUGGUGGAGAAACUGAAGGGGCUGAAAACCUACCUGAUCUCAGGAAGGAAGGUGGAGCUGGACGCUCAGUGUGUCUGUCCUCAAGUGGGACUGUCAGGUGGAGAGAUGGGUGGGGUCGGCCUGUCCUCCUGUCCUCAGCCCGGCACACCGGACCUCAUCCCCGGGGGUCCGCAGGCUGCUGAGCCCCCGCUGCGCCACCAACCCCUGGACAGGAUCAGGCCUCCCUGUGUGUCCCGCAGUGUGACUUUGUCUCCGGGUGCAGAGCAGGGAGAAGAUGUGGCCGUGCUGAACGGCUGCCAGGAGGAGCACAAGAGCAGCAGUGCCAAAUUCACCCCAGGUCAGAGCCCCCGAGCAGCCAACGGUCUCCUGAGUCCGCCGCCGCUGGAGGACCCGGUGCGAGCCAGCCAGAGCUCCCUGUGCGACAUGCUCCAGGAGAAAGAGAAGAAAACGAGCACGAGCACAGGCACCGGCACCAGUCUGGGCAUGGCGGGCGGCGGGGGGGCAGCGGGAACGGGGAUGGAACACUCCGCUCUGAUCCAGCUGCGGGCAAAGAACUUCAGAGAAAAGAGCGACGUUCACUUUGUGGAUGUUAUCAGGGAGGACAGUCUGAUGAAGGACUACUUCUUCAAGCCACCCAUCAAUAAGAUCAGCCUCAAUUUCCUAGAAAGACCUCUGGAAAAGGCCUAUCGCAGCAGCUACAAGGAGGAGGUGAAGGACCAGGUCCAGAUGCAGACAUUUGCGAGCUCCACCUUCAGCUCCUUCCUGGAUGUUCUCCUCAGCUGUUUUUUCUUUUUGGCACUGACUCUGGCCUGCUUCCUUCCCCCUCUGGUGAGCCCGAAGAACGUGGGCCCCCCGGCCCCUGCUGCCCUGGCCGUGGCCCCCCUGGCUGGCCUGUUGGAGCUGGCCUCCCUGGUGCUGUCCAUACGUAUGGCCUUCUAUCUGGAGGAGGUGAUGAGCUGUACCCGCUCUCUGCUCCUGGUGGUCUCUGGAUGGGUCCCCCGUCAUGUGAUCGGGGCGGUGUUGGUCUCCCUCCCUGCCAUCUCUGUCUUGUCCCACCUCAGCUGCAGCGUCCACUUGCCGCUCCAGGUGACCAUGUUCCUGUGCUGCGCCACCAUCCUGGCCAUCAUCCAGUACUGUAACUUCUGUCAGCUCAGUUUCUGGAUGCGCUCCGUCCUGGCCACUGUGACGGGGGUCACCCUGCUGCUGCUGCUGUACUGCCCCGCACACAGCGGCGGUAAUAACAGCUCGCCAGUUCAUGGAUUGAAUAUCUCUUCAUCCACUGUUGGCACUCCUGGCCCGGCACCUCCUAGGCAACCUCUUGACCUCCUGGUCCCAGAGGCCGUCCUGGCAUUCUUCCUGCUUCUUCUCCUGGUCUGGUUCCUCAACCGCGAGUUCGAGGUCAGCUACCGUCUACAUUACCAUGGCAACGUAGAGGCUGACAAACACCGCUUUAAGAUCCAGACGAUGCGAGACCAGGCCGAGUGGUUACUGGGCAACAUCAUCCCCAUCCAUGUGGCUGACCAGCUCAAGGUGACCCAGAGCUACUCCAAGAAUCACGACAGCGUAGGCGUGAUCUUUGCCAGUAUCGUAAACUUUAGUGAGUUCUAUGAGGAGAGCUACGAGGGUGGAAAAGAGUGCUACCGUGUCCUCAACGAGCUAAUCGGAGACUUUGACGAGCUCCUUCGCAAACCCGAAUUCAAAAGCGUGGAAAAGAUCAAGACCAUCGGGGCCACCUACAUGGCAGCAUCGGGGCUGAAUGUCCGGGAGUUGGCUGAGAAUGACAACGAGUCCAUCCACGCACACCUGCGGGAACUUUUCAACUUUGCCCUGGAGAUGAUGGGCGUCCUGGACGACUUCAACAAGAACAUGCUGGGUUUUGGUUUCAAGCUCCGUAUCGGGUUGAAUCACGGCCCUCUGACGGCGGGGGUGAUUGGCACCACUAAGCUGCUCUAUGACAUCUGGGGGGACACGGUGAACAUAGCCAGCCGCAUGGACUCCACAGGAGUGGAGUGUCGGGUGCAGGUGAGCGAGGAGAGCCACACUGUGCUCAGCGCCAUGUGCCUCGACUUUGACUAUAGAGGCACAGUGAAUGUUAAGGGAAAAGGUCAAAUGAGGACCUUCCUGUACCCCAAAAGUGGGGAAAAUAUAAAUCAAGAUCAUAUAGACCUGGGCGACGGUCCCUCAUCCGUGGCACCAACAGCCAAUAAGACUUCAGGAUCUGUUGCCCAGGCAGCGGCUCUUCCUCCCUCUUCUUUUAAUCCUCCGUCCUCCUCUCUUUCUACACUCCCUCCUCAACCACAAAGGCCUUCAACAGCAGGACCUGAGUAUGAGCCCACAGAGGAGAGGGAGGAGGGGUAUAGGGACCCUCCACAUCUUCCUGGGCAGCCCCCUGCCACAGACCGCCCCCUCCCUCCCCACUCCUCCUGGGUGCAACCUGCUCCUCUCGCGAUUCAAGAGGAGGAGGAUGAAGAGAUGGAGGCCAACGAGCUAACAAAACUCAACGAGGAGUUUUAUGCUCGACUCUGAUCCACUUUCCCUGUCUUCUGCCCCCCCCCCGAUGCCCACAGCUGCUGGCGCUACAGGACCGAUGGCAGGUGCGGGCAGGUGAAGUGUCUUGGGCACGAAUGAAGGAGAGGGAAAUGAACACUAACAGUGGCUACAGUUGCUAUACUGCUAGCUACUCAUGUCGUUCCUGGAAAAUGUUGCCUGAGUGCUGGGGAGGGAAGCCCUGUGUUGAACACAGCAGUGUUACGGGGAGAAGGCUGAAUGGGCGUCAGAGAAACAAAAGUUCAUUUGUUUUGUUCUAGAUGUUUUUGUCUUAUUCAUUUUUGCUAUUAAGUGCCUUCAGGACUAGAUCAGUCAACGAACAAAUAUGAAUACCGAACUAAGUUUUAACAACUUUAGACUACGGAACAUGAUUUCUUACUCCAUGCUUUUAUUUUCAAUGCAAGUAUUUCUUAAACAAUAUUGUUGUGCCAUAUCAGUUGUUGAAACUUGAUCAAACUCUUGACCUUUCUAAAGGGAAAUUAUUUUAGUUUCUAUGUAAGUGCCAGUGCAUUAUGAUGGGCUGAGCAGGGAACUAUGGGAAGAAUGAGGGAAUCACAUGAAGCAGUGUUAAUGUAUGCUCUGCGAUGACAUGAGGGCUUUAUACAGUAUUCAUUUGUGCUAGAGUUUAGGUAAAAGGGGACAUGCUACAAGCAGGCUGCAUAGGUUUUAGUUUGUGUAGCGGCUAAAUGCAACUUUUUAAGCACAGGUCUUGCACAGUGUUUUCUCGACGACUUGUAUUUGGUAGCUAUUGUCGUGAAAUAGCUUAUACAAGUAUUUCAACAGAGUCCAUCACAAUGAGUACAAUCAAAAGCACAAAAUCAAAUCAGAUAAGGGAAUAUACAUUUGGAGGAACGUUUUUAUUUUUAAACUGAAAUCAUCACAAAAGCAGGAAGGCACUUUAAAUAUACCUAAAGUGAUACUCCAUCCAAGAUUCAAAGUGUUUACUGAGUAAUUUUCUUAUUAACAAAAAGCAAACAAGUGACAGAACCAUACUCAAACAUCUCCUAAUCAUUUCUGACUUACCUAAUGUAUAGGUCACAAUCCCUAAAACUGGGCACUGUAGACAGUAAAGCAAAAACAGGAGGAGAGAAGGAUGGGGAAUGACAUUUAAGAAAGGUUCGUUAGGGUUCAACACUCCCUAUGCGAGGGAGUAAAAGCCCUUGGGGGCUGUAGUUCUUAGCAAAUGUUUCUCAAAUCAGAGUAAAUACUGCAUUUGUUCAGGACUGUAUUUGGCUGUGGGCUAGUGAGUAUUUACAGCAGCAGGACAGUGUAUGUGGGCUAACUAAAGAGCCUGUUUUUGUUGUAAUGAAGGAAUAUUGCGACUAAUAAAUGUGUUGUUAUGCAACAACAUAGCUCUAAGGCUACAUUUAUUCAGAAAAACGUUCCCUUUAAAGCCAACAGUGGGUUGAGAGUUUGACACUCAAAAGAUCUUGCGUGGAGUAUCACUUGUAGUGAGGGACAAUCACUGUUGUUGAUAUGAUAAUAAAAGUGUCAAAGCACAGAUCUACUACAGUUUCUGCAGUGCUGUGUUUGAAACCUCACACUCAAAUUAAGUUCCAUUGUUUGCCUUCAUGGCCAGAAGAAAACAUUGGUCAGUCCAUCACUAUAGAUAUAUUCAAUAGUUAAGUAUUGUCUGCCUGUGUGGGACAUUUUUCUUGUCACAGCCUUUAUACGGAGGGGGCCCUCUACUGUAUCAAUAUACUUACAUUGUGCCACUUUAAUUGAGUGAUCUAUAGGUGCAGUGCAACCUAAACUAGCUGAUUGUUUUGUGGUGCCUACAAAGUAUGACUGUAUUUUUGGAGUAUUUUGGUUUUCAGAAAGUUUUCUAUCAUGCUGUUUUCAUACUGACAAUAGAUUAUGAUUGUAUGUUUGAGAAAAGUAUGCAUCUUUCUGUGCAGGUUUAGCUUUUUUGUAAAAUUCCAUCCUUUUUUCUUUUUCUUGCUGUUUUCCAGUUUCUUUAAUUAUCUGAUUAACCAGUCACCUUGAAUAGUGCUGUGUUUAGUGUUGUCAUUGAACUGCUGGCAUCUCUGUAGUUCACUUUGCUCUUUUACUCACUUCAUGCUUCUUUCUUUACUCCUUUAAGCACUCGUUUCCCCUCACAUUUUGCGUGUAUGUUUGUGAGAAAGAUAUUUAAUUUCUUAUCCAAGUCAAUCACAUGUUGAAGAUCACUGCAAUAUGAUGCAAAAAACAAAUCAAUCACUAACAUGGCCGCUGUUAAACAUGUAGCUGUUGCUGCCUAAUAUGUAAACAAAUUACAUAAACAAUGUUGCAUUCAAAAAAAGCCAUGAAGUUUGUCCUCUGCAAACCAUAUCGACAUAAAGUAUCUGUAGCAUGAAAAUAAUCUUAGUUUACCUCUGCCAUUAAUCAUACACAUCUUGUGCCUUUGUUUUAGUAAUAUCUGUAAUCAUAGUUUGAGAGCUGUGAUUAUUUGUAUCAAAUAAUCAAGAAGACCCAAGGAGCUUAAAUACCCUGAAAAUCCAAAGAAGUAAAGACACAAAAAUAGCUACACAAGAUAUUUUCUAACAUGCACAUCUCUCAUUGUAAUCACCUCUUAUACAUAUUCUUAACACGCUCAAGUUUGCCAAACCCAAUAAACCUGACCACAGAAAAUUAUUUAAACAGAUGAUGAUAUAAGGUAUCAGUUUUUAAGAAAAAUCAAUCCUUGGUGUCAUUUAGCCAUAGCGUACACAGCAGUAACAGAAACAAGUCAUGAUUCAAGGAGUGGGGCUCCACAGGGCACAACACCCCUCCAGUAGCGUACAUCUGUACACGUAUGAAUCAAAUAUUAAAGUGAACACUACCGUCUCUGUGAUCUGUGACACAGUUUGGCGGCGAGAAGUGAGUGCGAUUUUCAAUGCAUGGAAACAAGUUUUAUUUUUUUGCCAGAAGACACUAUAAUUUUCUUUGUGACUCUGCAACAUACUAUCAUCUAUUUUGUCAUUUUCAUUCUUUCUAAAAUUAUGUUGAUCAUUAAGAAUGUAUUGGCUACAUGCAGGAUCCUCCAAAUCACUACGCUUUGCUCAUUUUAAGUAACUUGGAUUUUAUUAUUUUCUGACAGUUGGUUAUUAGAUGAUGUGUAUGAAAAUAUUUGUUUUAGUUUAAGCAGAAGAAAAAAAAGUGUCCUUUGAUGUCGUUUUAAAAUGCAAGAAAACAAAGCCAAGUGCAUUUAGUCGUCCUUUGUUGAAGAAAUGCAAUUUUGCUUUGUUAAAAAAUAAUGAAGGGAGAUUGUGUCAGUUGCACUUGGUAUAAUCAUAACACCCAAAUAACAUUGCCUAAUCACUAAUUUAAAUGGUGACUUUUCCACAUCUUUUCAUUAUAAAUUCAUCCUUGAUGUGUUUUUUAAUUACACUGGGACGGAAAUAAGUCUUUUGAUCGGAAAACGUUGUGUAUUUGUUUUUAUGUCCAUGAAUGAGAUUAUUCAGAAAAAAAUGAGAGUAUUAUGUAUGUUUUGUGCACAUUACCCAUGUAUCAUUUAUCACCACAUGAUCGUAAUUUGUACACAUUUGCACAAAGCACUCAGUGUUUGUACAUAUGCAGUUAUUUUAUGUCACAUAUGAUUUUUUUGUAUACUUGUGCAUGUGUCAGAUUUUGCCAGAAAAACAAUGAAAAAGCGACACGUAUUAUAAAAAUUGAUUGAAUUUG